AUGGCUACAGCACCCGCGGUACCAAAGUUUAUUGCACUCGGGUGUGGCUGCAGUUUGACGGCUUUCGUGAUUGGAGUACUUCGAAUUCACUUAGAGAGAGUCGGUCGACACAAGUACUCCAGAAUUGCCUACAUCGCACUUCUGAGCUCUGGAUCCCUUUCCCUCCUAACGGGACUUGUGAUCUGGGGAGAUGUGGCGACUCACGCAACCCGAGAGUUGAUCGAUCAAUGGAGAGUCGGUCUUUUAAGGAAAUACUUUAGCAAUAUGAAUAAAAAUUUCUACGCAAAUCACACAGCAUUGGUUCACGUUAUAGCAAAGCGAAUCGCAUCAGCUCGAGACCAACUCACUGAUGAUUACCUUCUCACUACGUUCAAGAAUAACUAUCUCUCAUGGCCUUUUGGUGUUGCGGUGACUGCAGAAGUGUUCCUCUUUAUGGCAACUGUGUUGUACCUAACUCGUAAAGAUUUUAAGGUUGUGGAGCCCUCUCAAUUCCCCGUCUAA